AUGUCGCCGACACCGUCAACCGCUGUCUCGCCGCCCAACGGUCCUUCUUCGUCCCUCUCUCGCCUUCCGUCCCCGCACGCGGCUGCAGACGGCCAGAAGACGCGACUCGUGCCUGCGAACGGAUCUGCCUCUCCCGGGCCGCCUUCCACGUGGAGCUCCUCUGCGGGGGUGUCUCCUUCGGGCGCCGGAAGCUCGGCGCCGCGGUCGAGGGGCGAGAGACGGGGGUCGCGCCGAGAUAGUGUCCAGCGCGGAGGGUCGUUUCCAUCUGCCGCCUCGCGAUCCUCUGUUUCGUCUCGCUCUGCUGGUGUCCGCACCCCGGCGUCGGCGCUGCUGCAUCGUCCUCCGUCGCUUGUCUCCGUCCCGCCCUCGUUGCCUGUCUCCUCGUCGCCCUUCUCGCUGUCGUUCGCCAGUCGCUCGCCGCAGAGUCACUUCUUGCCUUACCGCCCGACCGCGCCUGGCGAGAGGCCGGCGGGCAGGCCCGUGGACGUCGUGCUGGAGAGUCCGUGCAUCUACAAGCAGCAGGACUUCUCCGUGCCGCUGCAUGCAUUCCCGGGCAGCCACACCUCCUCGACUGGAUCCAAGGGGAAGAGCGGCGCCUUCUUCGGGAGCUUCCAGGGAUGGCGGGACGUCCCCCUCGACGGCGGAAGCCCGCGCGUGGGCGAGGCGGGCAGUGCGGACGUGGGGGAUCCUGGAGCGAGUGGCGGCGCGCCCUCUCCACAGACGGACGCGUCGGCCGGCAAGCGUCGCAAUGACGCAGCGUCCUGGUUCUCGCGAAAACAGACGCUCCCCCCUGCGCCGCCCGCCGUGCCUGACGGGGACGACGGAGACGAUCUCUCGGCGUCGUCGCGGCGGUUCAUGUCCAUGUCUUCGCUUGCGACGCAGUGGCAGAGCCGCUUCUCCUUCGUGCUCGCCACCAUCGGCGCCGCAGUGGGCAUCGGUUGCGUAUGGCGCUUUCCCAUGUACUGCUACAAGUUUGGCGGCGGCGUGUUCCUUGUUCCCUACUUCCUGAUGCUUGUCUUCCUCGGGCUGCCUCUCCUUGCGCUCGAGAUGGCGCUUGGGCAGGUCUUCCGCGGCGGCCAGAUGAAGGUCAUGAACCUGAUCUCGCCGCGCCUGCGCGGGCUCGCUGCCGCGACGAUUCUGCAGGCCCUCUUCAUCUGCGCCUACUACUCGGUCUUCCUCUCCUGGGCGCUGCACUACUUCCUCGCUUGCUUCCGGUCGACGCUCCCGUGGGUGGUACCGCCUGAGCAAGCUGCGCUGUGCAGCCACUUCGAGGGCGACGAAGCCGCCUGCGAGCGGGCGGUGAGACCGUCGAUGUUCGCGGGGCACGGCUUCGACUCGCGGCUCCCGCCGGAUGGGACGCCGAGGGUCGAAGGAGACACUGGAGGCGUGAAUCUCUGUGUGUGGGUUCCACCUCACUUGGAGGCGCCUGCCGGCGGCCACUGCCGCCCCGACAUCCGUCACAAGGCGCAGGAGUUCUUUUUCGAGGACGUGUUGGCUUUCGACACGCAGCAUCCGUCGGCGCUCGCCGUGAGCGUGUUUCUGGGCAUCGCGUUCGUGUGGAUGCAAGUCUUCUUCUCGCUUUUCAAGGGGCUCCAGUCGCUGACGGCGGUUACCUACGCGGCGGUCCUGCUCCCGCUCUCCGCGAUGUUCCUCGUCAUGGUCAGCGCGCUGACGCUCGACGGCGCCACGCUAGGGCUGUCGCAUUUCUUUUCAGUCGACUGGAGCGUGCUGGUUAACCAGCCGGCGAUUUGGGGCGAAGCUGCCGCACAGGUCUUCUUCUCGCUAGGCGUGUUUCAGGGCGUGAUGACGGCGUACGCGGCGCACAAGAAAGUCGUGCAGAACGCUGUCGUGGACGCCUCCGCGGUCGCGGCGAGCAACACAGUCCUCUCCGUCAUCAGCGGCGUCGCCACCUUUGCGAUCGCCGGCCACGUAGCCAAGCGCAUUGGGGCCCUCGACGCCGCGACGGGUCUCGCCGACAUGUCGGCGAUGAACAUCGAGGGCAGCCAGCUAGUUUUUGUUCUGUAUCCCAUCUCGCUCGCGACGCUCCCGGGCGCGCAGCUCUUCUGUCUCCUCUUCUUUCUCGCCUUCUUCUUGCUCGGCGUCACCAGCGCGCUGUCCUUCGUGCAGCCGGUGAUCGACACGCUGAAGGAGUCCCGGCUGCUGCACCGAGCGCGACGGUGGAAGCUGACUUUCGCGGCGUGCGUCGCCGGCUUCCUCCUCAGCGUCCCCUUCUGCCUCCGCACUGGAGUCUACCUCCUCGACACUGCAGACUACCACUGGAGCGUCGUCGGCCUCACCUUCCUGGGCUGCUGCGAGUGCAUCGCUUUCGGCUGGGUUUACGGGCUCGGGAGACAGGCGCAGACCGUCGGCUUCCUCCCUGUGGCGCUCCACGCCUUCUCCUAUCUGGGCGGCAUCACUAUCGGGGCGUUCGUUCUGUUUGUCGUCGCACCCGCGAACCGCGUGGCUGUCGGCCUCGGCAUCGCGCUUCCGCUGAUGCUUCUCGGCGCGGGCCUGGCGCUCUGCCUCUGUCCGCGCUACCCGCCUCGGCCUCAGCCCCCCCAGUCGGGUUCCGCGGACUCCCUCUCCACGGCGGAGCCGAGUCUCCAGGCAGCGUUGCGGAGUCUCCAGGCGGCGUCGCGUUUCUCUCCGCUGUCGCUGGCGGUCUCGACUGCCGCAGGCGGCAACGGGAAGGGCGCGCUGGAGGACAUCCGCGAAGGCGAGGAAGCGCAGCUCGACAGAGAAUUCGGCAGCAUCAUCUCCCUCUCCACGCUCUCCGCGGACAACCCGACCGAGGAGGAUGAGAGGAUUUCGGCGGGCAAGACUCGAGCGGGCGUUGGGGCAGCCGGCUGCCCAUUUCCGGCGGCUGAGGCCGCUCAGAAUCUGCCGCCGUUCGAGCUCGGGGCGGCCGAGCUCUGUGCGCCUUCCGCGGUUCUGUCUCUGCGGGACCGGGCCUUCUGGCUGUACCUGGGCAACGUGGAGCAUCUGCGGCUGAAUUUGAACGCUAUCACCGCGGCGAACGCGCGCGUGCUUUGUCUGUGGCCUGUGUGGUCGGUUGUCAUCAAGUACCUCUCUCCCGCGGUGCUGCUACUUCUCCUCUUUCAUGAGCUAGGGCAGGGGCCGUUCUUCACAGUGGGCGGGUUCCCCCUGCGCUACCAAGCUGCGGCUGUCGCGGUUCUGGCUUUGAUCUUCUUCCUCGUCUUCCUGGGCCUCUGCUUACCGCAGUUCUGGAGUGGUCUCGUGCCUCACGAGCUAGUCCGCGAGACCAAAGCUGCGGCUCUGGAGAGGGAAAAACACUUUACAAGACUCUCUCCAUAUUUCGCAACGCCUCCUGGCGCAGGGCGGGGACCCCCGGGCUUGCGAUGCAUUUGA